AACUCCAUUACAAAACGAUAAAUCUUGUAACAACAACCUUCAAAUCCGUUACAUCUUGGCCUCAUGCGAUAUAACAGCCGAGUUUUUAAUCCAUGCUCUUAACAAUUGGCUAUCCGCUAAUUACCAAUCAAAGUCCUCAUAUAAAUAUUAAAAUGGAAUACUUCAUAUAAGUUUGCAAAAAAAAAAAAAAAUAUGGCCGGUUUAUGAAAAGUGUAACACUUCCUAAAUAACCCGAACGCCUCAUCGUUAAUUUUCCAAAAAUCGUGUGAGAAAGCCCCCUAGUUAGAAAAAUUGAUCACCCCCUCUACUGCUUCAACAUUGUUCGCGGCACUAUCAUCUCAUCUUCUUCCCAGAGUCUCUACUCUUCAACAGUCAAGAUCUCAAAAUUUCCCCCAUUUCAUCAUAAAACUCACUUCAAUUCCAACUAAAAUACUCAAAUUUCCCCCCAAAAUUCAUCAACAAUUUCCAGAUUCUGCACAUUUGCAGCGAAUCAAUCUUCAUCUUCAAUCAAUCAAAUUGAUAAUAUAAGCAAUCAUCAAUGGGAACAGCGACAUUAGCACCAGGAUUAUCCAGAAAGCUAAAGAAGGUUCUAGAAUCUCGAAUCGAUUCUCCGGAACUUGUCACUUCUCUCUCCACACUCUCCACAUUCUACUCCGACAACUCUCCUCAAGCGCGCCGUAACCUCAGAUCUACCAUUGAGAAGCGCGCUCUUUCUAUCAAUCACGACUUUCUCAGCGCUUCCGAUGCGGCGCAGCAGGCAUUGGAUCAAGUUGAAGAGGAGGUUAAUGCACUUGCGGAAUGCUGUGAUAGGAUUGCAAAGGCUUUAAACAGCUGUAGUGCUACCACUGGGGAUAUCAUAAGUACCACAGAAAGGCUAAAACAAGACCUUGAUGUUACUACUCAGAGACAAGAGAUUGUUUCGUGCUUUCUUCGUGACUACCAACUAUCUAAUGAGGAGAUAAAUGCACUUAAAGAAGAGGAGUUGAAUGAAAAUUUCUUCAAGGCUCUUUCUCACGUUCAAGAAAUUCAUGCCAACUGCAAAAUAUUGCUCAGGACACACCAUCAGCGUGCAGGGCUGGAAUUGAUGGAUAUGAUGGCUAUGUACCAGGAGGGAGCCUAUGAACGUCUCUGCAGAUGGGUUCAGGCUGAGUGUAGGAGAUUGGGAGAUUCUGAUAAUCCUGAAGUUAGUGAACUUUUAAGAACAGCAGUCCGAUGUCUCAAUGAAAGGCCUGUUCUUUUCAAAUACUGUGCUGAAGAGGUAGCAAAUAUGAGGCACAAUGCCUUAUUCCGAAGGUUUAUUAGUGCUCUUACUCGCGGAGGACCUGGUGGGUUGCCCAGACCUAUUGAAGUGCAUGCCCAUGAUCCUUUGCGGUAUGUUGGUGAUAUGUUAGCAUGGCUACAUCAGGCAUUAGCUUCUGAAAGAGAACUUGUGCAUGCUUUGCUUGAUCCGGAUGCUGAUGUAGAUUCUGGGCCAACUGCACGUCAGCUCUCCAAGAAUUCCGAAGGUGAAAGUGGAAAAGUUGAAUCUGAUUUAACCUUUGUCCUUGAUCGGAUAUUUGAAGGAGUUUGCAGGCCGUUUAAAGUUAGAGUUGAACAAGUAUUACAGUCUCAACCUAGUCUUAUAGUAUCAUAUAAACUUAUUAACCAGCUGGAGUUUUAUACAUACACGAUAUUGGAUUUGACAGGGAGUGAAACAGCCCUUUGCCAAACACUCUGGACUUUGAAGGAAGCUGCUCAGAAAACAUUUUUUGAUAUCCUUAAGAGUCGAGGAGAGAAGCUACUUCGAUACCCUCCACUUGUUGCUGUGGAUCUUUCACCACCGCCUGCUGUAAGAGAAGGAGUUUCUGUUUUACUGGAAAUAAUUGAGACAUAUGAUAGCAUGAUGAUCCCAUCUUCAAAGAAGCCCGCAUUUGAUCCUGUGAUAUCUGCUUUAUUAGAUCCUAUUAUUCAGAUGUGUGAACAAGCAGCAGAGGCACACAAAUCCAAAGGAGGUGUUCACUCAUCGAGGAGGAGCAGAAUAAGCUCAGACUCCAAUCAGCUUAACAAAUCAUCAGUUGAUGCAAUACUGAGUAAUAACAGUACCCUUUCAGCCACUCAGAGUUCCGAGACACCUUCUAAGAUCUUCCUCAUCAACUGCUUAUGCACCAUCCAACAGCCACUAAUUGGGCAUGAAGCUGCAGCCAAAUAUGCUAAGAGCAUCGGUGAUAUGAUAGAAAAUCACAUGCGUAUUCUGGUCAAUAAAGAAGUUGAGACCAUUCUAAGAAGAUGUAAUCUACUGAACAAGAUGGCCAACUUUAGGAAAACAUUCAAUGAGGAUAGUGAAGAGGCUACCGCUGGUCCAUUGGCAGAAAUGGAGGAAACUUCUCCAGCUUCAUUAUCGGAAAGUCUCAACAUAUUCUUUGGUCUCAUCCUGGGCACUGAAAAUUCUCUACCAGAAUUUGAGCAAUUGCAGGUGCCAAAACUACGGUCAGAAGCUUGUAUCCAAUUGGCAAAGUCCCUUGCUGAUGCUUACGAGCUUGUGCACAAUGCAAUAAUGGAUCCCAAGAAUUCAUACCCUGAUCCAAAAUCACUAGCUAGACAUCCCCCAAACCAGAUUAGGACCAUUUUGGGUAUUUAAUUUGCUUUGGCUUUAUGCAAUUAUAUUAGAUAAAGCGGUGAUCUGUAACUCAGAGAAUAAUUUGAACAAUGGUGAGUAAUGGUUGAAUGCAAGAAUGGUUUGGUUGAUAGCUCGA